GUGUGUGUGUGUAUAAUGACUGCUACUGUAAGUUUAUAGUAAACGUCAGCGCGGAGAGGACGCGCCCUGCUGCCGGUCCUGGAGGCUGAACCUGAGCGAGGUGACGCGACGCGACGCAUGGAAGGAAGCGACGCCAUGCGCUCAGUUCAAUCGACACUGCUCACAUCAUAACAGAUUAGCAAAAAAAAAAAAAAAAAUCUCUUGUCAUCAAGGCGAUAAAGACAGUCGUGUGUUUUAGGGUGACCUAUACGGCUGUUCAGACUUGCUACCUGUCUUUGUAGUCCAUCAUCACUCCGCUGACAGAAAAUGCUCGAGUGUGUUUGUGGGAACUGGUAUGUGCGUCUGGUCGAUGGAAACAAAUCGACGCUGUAUUUUCUGCUCUUACUCCUCGGCUAUGUGUUAUAUCUCGUUUUCGGGGCUGUCGUUUUCUCUCUGGUGGAAUUGCCGUAUGAGGACGUGCUUCGACAAGAGAUCAGCGACACCAAACAGCAGUUUCUCCGGGAGAAUGAAUGUCUCUCCGAGGAGGAACUGGAGGCAUUUUUGGCCAGAGCCCUGGAGGCGAAUAAUUACGGUGUGUCUGUUUUGAAUAAUAACGCAACCAACUGGAACUGGGAUUUCACCUCGGCGCUGUUUUUCGCAAGCACAGUGCUCUCUACGACAGGGUAUGGCCACACUGUGCCCCUGUCAGAUGAAGGAAAGGCCUUUUGCAUCUUCUACUCUGUGGUUGGGAUCCCAUUCACCCUCCUAUUCCUGACCGCAGUGGUGCAGAGGAUCAUGGUGUUCAGCACUCGACGGCCUGUGGCCUUCAUACAGCGCCGCUGGGGUCUGUCCAAGUCUCUGGUGUCAGGUGUACAUGCGUUUAUACUAGCAACCAUCAUGGUCUGCUGUUUCUUCCUCAUCCCUGCUGUAAUCUUCUCUGUAAUGGAAGAGGACUGGAACUUCCUAGAGUCUUUCUACUUCUGCUUUAUCUCACUCAGCACCAUUGGCCUGGGUGACUAUGUGCCAGGAGAGGGCUACAAUCAGAAGUUCAGGCAGUUAUAUAAAGUGGGAAUUACUAUUUAUCUGUUGCUGGGCCUAAUUGGCAUGCUGGUGGUUCUGGAGACAUUGUGUGAGCUUCAGCAGUUGAAGAAACUAAGGAAGAUAUUCUACCUCAAGAAAGAGAAAUCAGAAGACCAACUUACAAUCAUGGAACAUGAUCAUCUUUCUUUCACGUCUAUGUCUGAUCAAGGAGGCCCAGUCAGAGACUAUAAAACAGAUCUUUCACCUGACAUAUCCCCAAUAGCAGCCAGUGAUAGUCCUGUUGCUAAGUAAGAUCCUAAGCAAUAAGCAUAUAUAAAAAGUCAGUGAUCAAAUGCUUCUGAAUUAGAUUAGUGGUACUUGAAAUAAUAGUUGGACUACAUGCCAGCUUUCAUAAAAGGGACAUGUGAUUGUAGAUACCUUAGUAUAGCUUAUCGUUGUGUAAUUAGAAAUUAUUAAAAAUAAAUCGUGCAGAAUCUUGGAAUUGUUAGUAGACUUUGUCCUUAACCUUUAGGUACUAAAUACUGUAUUGGGACAUGUAGACUAUAAUAUAGUAAGUUAAAGGAUUAAAAGGGAUAGAAAUUGGGAUAUGUACCUAGGCUAUUGAUUGUUGUUAAUAAGAAGUCAUCGUCAUCGAUCAUUCUAUGAAUGUGUACUGAUGGAGGUACCUCAUUAAGCUCUUUUUAUUCCUGUAUGUCUAUACAUGUUACUGGUGCCACAACUGUACUUGAGUUUUAAUUUUGCAUAUAAAGCCCUAGUCAAAAUUUUGGGUGCACACACAUUCAGAGAGGUUUUCUUGUAAUAUUCUUCACAUUUUGUAAUAACAGUGUCACCAAAAUUCAUGAAAUAACAUGGAAUGUCAUUUGCAGUAUGGAAUUGUGCAGUGAUCAUUAAGUGUUAAACAAAUUAAGUUGUACAAUGUUUUUAGAUUCUUUGUAGCCUUGAUCACAGCCUUACCCACUCUUCACAUUCCCUCAGUCUUAAUGUUCCCACAUGUUGAGGACUUUUUUUUGGGGGGGGGGCAAGUGAAUUCAUACAUGGUCAAAUUAUUCAUUUAAGAUGAGUUAUAAUUUAAAAAAAAGUUAAGAUGAAUUAUGUUUUGAGCAUAAGUCUAUAGAUAAAUGUUAAGUUCAUAAAAAAAUUAAACUCGCUGACUCUUAAGUCCUUAAGGUAGUUAGUUAAUGUCCUGAGUAAAUACAGAUAGGUUCUUACCGGCAUCAUGCAGUAUAGGCACAUUUUAUAUAUAUAUAUAUAUAUAUAUAUAUAUAUAUAUAUUAUGUAUGUAUGUGUAAAGCAGGUGAAAACUCACAUGUCCUAGAUUCAUAGCUGAUUGGAUUCUCAUGCUGUAUUAGUUGAUGUUGCAGUUGUAUAUACUGUAGUUGUUCACAUGAGGGCACUGUUUUGCCUUGUAUUAGGAAUACUAUGAAGGAACGUAUCAGCUUUAAGACUCUGCGGGAAGUUGUAGUAAUGAAACCUGUAACUUGAAUCUACAACUACUACAAUUGGGAUAAUAUAUGAAAACUUUUUCCAGUCUGUGUAGGUUUGUUGCAAUACUGAUAGUUCAUAUGUUACAGUUCCUGAAGGUGUAUGCUUUUAAGACAGGGUAUUAAAGAAUCACUGCUAAGAAAUUCAUAUGAUCAUUUUGUAUGUUGGACUAAGUGUUUGUAAAUCCUCAGAAUUGUGAAAUAAAAUGUGCUGAAAUUUAAAACUCUAA